CUCUAUAGUUUUCAAGUUCAUCAAGCAUGACUUCCAAAGCCAACUGGAGUCUACAAGCAGAUGAGAACUCACUGUUACUCUUCUUCUUCAUCUUCUUCUUUGUGGUAGUUUUCACUGGUCUCUGUGUCACAGCAUUACUUAGAAAAAAGAACAUGAAGAACUCAACCUUAGUUAACAAUGACAAUGAAGAAGAAGAAGAAGAUGAUGAUGAUGAUGAAGAAGAAGAAGAAGAAGAAGAAGAAGGUUCAGGUUGGGAGAGGACCAGGAAGAUGUUGGCAAGGACACUAAGGUGGAGUGAAGCUACAAGGUGGCAGAAUGAAUGGGCAGCAAUGGCAGAGAUGAGAUGCAAUAGUAGAAGAGAUGAACAUAGAAAUGCAAUGGCAUCACCUUUGUGGAAAAGAAGGAUACUGAUGGGGGAAAAGUGUGAGUUACCGAGGUUUAGUGGUGUAAUUCUAUAUGAUGAGCAUGGAUUUCCCCUGCGUGACAGUCCCCGGGAAGAGAUUGAUCAGCAUAGUUAUUAUCGGGAUGAACCUGUGAAGGUCCUGACUACACUCAAGGACCUGCUCUAGUUUUCAGUAAUCCAGAAAAGAAAAACAGAACCGGGAAUGCACAUAAUUUUGAAGCAUAUGACAAGGAAUGAGAGACCAAUAUCACUGCAGUUUUAAUCUGGAUGUCUGAAUUUGAGAUUUUCUAAUAUCAAUCAUAUGGCUUUGAUUGUAAUCUUUGAUAAAGUAAUACACUGUUCUUUUCUGGUUUACUUUAUAUGCA